AUGGAUCAGAAUUUGAGAAUGUGGAUAUCAGUGGAGUCAAUUUUAAUGGUGCUUAGAUUUUCAAUUGAAAAAGGGAAAAUAUAAAAGUCUCUGAAUUGAAUUAAUUGGAUGGUCAUAGUAGUUGUGUGAAUUCAGUCUGUAUUUCUCCUGAUGGAAAUACAUUCACUUUUGGUAGUGUAGAUUAAUCUUAUCCGUUCAUUGGAUGUCAAAACUGGAUAAGAAAUUAAAUCCUCUGUUAAGAAUUAGGUAUUUAUUAUAUUAUUAUUACUUAGUCUCUAAUUAUUCAAUUCUUGUCAUAUCACAAGUAAUAAUAUUGAAAGCAUCAGAUACACAUAUCUUAUAAGGAGAAUUUAUAAACCAUUAAGGAAAAGAUUUGAAACCUUUAUUUAAAUCUAAAGGAAGUUGCUUUUUAAAAGACUUAUAGAAAAAGUGA